GCCCAGUCAUAAAAGCGAAGCGCUAGCGAAACAAUCUCCAAGCCCAAGCCCAAGCCAAGCCAAGGAACAAUCGCGCGUGCCUAGCCACAAAAGUAGAAGUACGACAAAAGUGCGACCCAACUGAAACUUGAAUUAAAUCUCUGCCACACCUUUGGAAGAAAUGAAGCUGCAACGUCUGAUGCUCACUGCCGUGCUGCUGCUCUGCCUUAUACUGGCGCAAAAUGACAGGACAACGGAGGCCCGCCGCCUGAUUUUCUACAGUCCGAAUAGCCGCACCCUGCACAGUCAGCUGCUCGUGUCGCGGCGCCUGCCGCGUCCCUGUCCCGCCGGCAAGAUGCGCGACCAUCGGGAUCGCUGUCGUCGUGCGCUCAUCUUCGGACGCAGCACCUGAGCAGCGGAUUGCCUGCCUGCCGCUGCCAAGUGGCAACCAAUUAAAAUCUCUUCGUCUAUUUUUUUUUUUGUGUUUGUUGUAAGCUAAUUUAUUGCCCCUGCGGCACUUAGAGGUAGUUGCAUAGGUUUAUUCCUGUAGUUAUUACGUUAUUUAUUUGUAGCUGGUUACGAAAUGGUCGCUAAAUAGGUCGCCGCAUAGUAAACUAAAAUCGAAGUAAAGAUACGAUACGAAACGAUACGUGUGCAUAGUUUGUGGAAAGUUUAUGGCUGAGGGCCACCAUUCAAACACUGAAAGAUAACCUCAUUUGUACAACAUUUAAAAAUAAAAA